CCAGGGCCAUAGAAGAACAGGGGAUCGCUGAAAGCCAUGGCCGAGUUCAACCCGCUGCGGGGGUUCCCCCGUCUGCGUCGGGCCGCGACCUCAUUUCCAGGUAACCUUCAUCUGGUCUUGGUGCUCCGCCCUACGAGCUUGUUAAACUCCCCCCACAGUCCGUCGUCAAGCACUGACCUGGGAUUUCGCUUCAGCCAGAGUGACUUCCUGUUAAAGAUGCCGGUGGUGAUGCUGCGUUCGGUCGGAGACCUUCUGCGCUACAUUGAUGAAAACCACCUGACAUCAGACUUCACUGCAAAAGUGGAGUAUUGCCAAAGUGACUGGAUCGUCCUGCGCACGUCUAUUGAGACCUUUGCAGUGACGGUAAAGGAGAUCGCCCAGCUGCUGCAGGGCUUUGGAGCAGAGCUGUCUGAGACAGAACUUCCAGAUGAGGCUAAUGCCAUCGAGUUCCUGCUGCACUCACACACACACAGAUAUCGACAGAUGAAGGAUGAUAUCCGGAGUGUGCUGAAAGAAGGACGCCUGCUGCUGUCCAACCUGGAAACUGUCAAGGCCUCUAAGAGAGAUGAAGAGGAGGAGAAGGAAAUACAGGCAGAUAUGGACACCGUUCAGAGGCUCCUGGCUCAGCUCAGAGAUAUGGAGGAGGCGUUUGAUGGCUUCUUCGAGAAACACCACCUGAAGCUGCAGCAGUACCUCCAGUUGUUGCGCUAUGAAAUAAGUUUCCAGGAGAUGGAGGAGGUGCUGGAGCGGCUCAUUGCCCAGGAGAAGGCGAUCGGCUGUGUGGGAGCCACAGUGGUUCAGACAGAACAAUUACUGAAAGAGCUUGAGACAAUGGACAAACACGCUGAGGAGGAGAUGGCUCGUGCCCAGGUUCUGAUCCUGCAUGGUCACCAGUUGGCUGCCAACCACCACUAUGCCCUGGUGCUCAUCAUCCAGCGCUGCAAUGAACUGCGACAUCACUGUGAUGUCAUCACCUCUGCCAUACGCACCAAGCGGGCCUCGCUCACUCGAGCUCGAGACCUGCUGCAUCGCCUCGAAGAGGCCCUUCACUGGUGUGAUGAAGGUGCCUACCUACUGGCGAGUCAGAUGGUGGACAAGUUUCAAACCAGAGAGGGAGCUCAGGAGGCCUUGCAGUACCUACGCUGUCACCAGAAGAGGGCGCCAUCUGCACUGAAAAACAGCCAGGACACUUUGAGCCUGGAGUUUGAAGCCAUACUCACCCCACAGCUGCAGUCCCAGAUUACCAUGGUAACAGAGAAGCUGACCUCGAUGCAGUCUAUGAUCAGAAACAGAGAGCAGUGUCUGAGGAAGCUGGCGGAUGUGCAGGUCAGGCCCAUCCAGCUGGUGGCACCCAGGCCCGAACCUGACCAGACCUUGCAAAGCUGCAAGUCACCCCUCUUCUCUCCCAAACAUGGUGUAGACUUUAACGUCCUGAACUCCAGAUUCUCCUUUGACUUGCUUCCUGGCAAGAGAGCCGCAAGGAGGAACAACAACCAGCGCAAGAUCGAGGUGAUGCAUGAUUACCAAGGCAACCACAGCUGUCUGUAUGGCUCCAACCCUGAAACAGAUCCAGAGGCAGAAGACAAUCCAGAGCAGGUUACACGCCAUAUUAUGAAGGAACUUAUAGCUACAGAGAGAAUCUAUGUGGAUGAGCUCCUCUCUGUCCUUCUGGGCUACCGGGCAGAAAUGGAGGACCCAUCCAUGUCUAAUCUUCUUCCCUCAGCUCUACGCAGCCAGAAGGAUGUUCUAUUUGGCAACAUGCCAGAGAUUUACCAGUUCCACAGCAGGAUUUUCCUCCAAGAUCUACAGGGUUGCCUGGAGACACCAGAGAGGGUGGGAGCUUGCUUCCUGCAGCGGAAAGAAAAGUUCCAGGUGUAUGAGCGUUACUGCCAAAACAAGCCGCACUCUGAUUUGCUGUGGAGACAGUGCUCUGACUCACCCUUCUUUCAGGAGUGCCAGAAGAAGUUAGACCACAAACUGGGUCUGGACUCUUACCUCCUGAAACCAGUCCAGCGCCUCACCAAGUACCAACUGCUCCUCAAGGAGCUGCUGAAGCACUGUACAGAGGAGCGAUACCGCUGCGAACUCCAGGAGGCUCUGGACGCCAUGCUGGAGCUGCUGAAGUCAGUCAACGACUCCAUGCAUCAGAUAGCCAUCACUGGGUAUCAGGGUGACCUCGGCCAGCUGGGCCGGGUGGUGAUGCAGGGAGGCUUUAGCGUGUGGAUCAGCCACAAGAGGGCAGCGGUGCGAAUGAAGGAGCUGGCGAGGUUCAAACCCAUGCAAAGACAUCUCUUCCUCUACGAGCACGCCCUGCUCUUCUGCAAGCGCAGAAACGAGGACAACCACGACAGGACGCCUUUCUACAGCUUCAAAUCUUGCCUCAGAAUGAGCUCGGUGGGAAUCACAGAAACUGUGAAAGGAGAUGUGAAGAAAUUUGAAAUCUGGUACAAUGGCAGAGAAGUAGUGUACAUAGUGCAGGCUCCCACAGUGGAGGUCAAAGUGGCCUGGUUGACGGAGAUUCGAAAAGUUCUUACCAAUCAGCAGAAACUGCUUCAAGAUGAGGCUCCUCCUCUACCACAUUCAGACAACCCCCUCUCUGUCAGUGCAUCAGAGAUGUGUGUGUCGUGGGGCAGACCAUCGGUGGGAGGCUGUUCAGCGUGUCUCCCUGUUCCUCACAGCUCCUCUACAGCAAGCCACCCCCACAUGUCCAGGGAGGAGGAGUCAAUACACAGUAGCCCCGCCCACUCAGACCCCGUUGUUCACUCACCUCGACGCAGUUGGCCUGUCCCUGCCCACUCAGUAGCGAUCUGUGAGGGCUUGGAGGACUGGGGUGCUACAGACCUCUCCAACCAGUCAGACUCAGAGGAGGAGGAUCAGCCUGCCCCCCUGGUGGCGGGCAGGUACAGAGUCCUGGUAGAGAGCAGCAUGGCCAGCACUGAUGACAUCAUUUUUAAUUGUGGCGAUAUCAUCCAGCUGCUCCAUGAGGAUUCAUCAGGAAUGUGGAUGGUGAGGAAUGUAAGUCGUGGUGAAGAAGGGCGUGUUCUGCCUGAAGACCUGCACAGGAUUCUGGGAGAGACCUGCUGACAGCCAAACACGACAGAUGAGGCCCGUUCAAUCAUCAUCAGUUUGAAGCACAACAUCGAGCCCGUACUUUACCCUUCGAACUAAUGUUCACUUCAGAAGGUUGUAACUCACAGAAGGGAAGACUAACAGUGCACAGCGAUAAAUGGACCUCACAGUACGAGAGCCUUUAUUCCCCUUUAUCUACAUUUUCCAGCAUUAAUACAGUAGAUUAUCUUGACCGAAGACACUGAUCAGGGUCUUUCAUUCAUAAACAGAAUGGACUUUUGUUUAGGACCUCAAGUUUUAUCAUUUGUAUUUUUUAUGAAAUACCAUAGAAAUACUGCAUAUGACUACCAACAUAUCAUCACUGUUCAUGUGCCAAACAGCUGAGCUAAUUGUUGUGGCUUCUUUUUGUAUACAGUAACACUGUCUUUAAUGGAAAUUAGCUUUACCUUUUGGUGUCGUCAUUUUGAAUGAAUUCAAAUAGUCUUUUUGUCCUACAGCAGCUCAAAGCUGUGCAUGUUACUGUAUGCAGAAAUUGCCGUGAUUCCUCCACCUCUUUGUGGCAAAACCAAGCAGUCUGCAUUUUCAAGAAACAAAAAAGAUAAGCACAUGGAAACAAACUUGGAAACACUGAGCCAAGAUAUUACAGGUCCUGCAGCUCUUCCAUUCAUAGCAACCAUGGCACGUUUGCUCUGUGGUGUUGGUGAGGGCUGUGUAAAUAUGUAGAAGUGGUGAGCUUGGCACAUACUUCAAAAGCAUGCUCAUCUGCCUAUUUAUUCUUUACUUUUACUGCCAUUGAUGAUGGUAAUCUUUUGUUUUGGUUAGCAGUGUAAUUUUGAGUUUUGAUUGCUGAAAAUUUUGAAACUUGACCAUCAAACAAAUCUCAUCCUCCUCUGCUGCAGCUGUAAUUACCACUGUUACCAGUGAGACGAGGCAAACUUUGUUACCCUUUGUUUGCCAUGUGGAAACAUCACUUCACAUGCUCACUGCUUUAUAUCUGCCUGUACUGCUAUUUUACACCAAAUGUGAAAUUAUGCUGUGUUGGGUAGUAACUGUAAUUCAAGU